UACUAGCCUCCUUCUUCCACCUCCGCCUUCCCCCACCUCUUCACCGCCGGCCGCCUCCUUCCGCUUCCUAAACCCCUUCGCGGGAGCCCCUUUCCCCGCGCCAUGCGGUCCCUCGCGCGGCCGCCGAGGCCGACCAAGCCCCUGCCCCCGCUCGCCGCCUUCGUCCAGUCCAUGGGGUACGUGGAGGUGAAGAUGCGGUGGAAGAAGGACGCGUCCUUCGACGCCGUCCCGGUGCUCGCGCACGCGCGGGACCUCCGCCCGCUCGCCGCCCUCGCGCGCCUCCUCUCCCCGUCGCCGACCCCCGUCUCCGCGGUCUCCAAGCUCCGCCGCUCGCUCGAGACCUCCGACCGCCGGGUCGCCUCCUUCCUGCGCCGCUUCCCCGCGGCCUUCGUCGAGUCCGUCGGGCCCGAGCACAACCACCCCUGGUUCCGCCUCUCGCCCUCCGCCGCGCGCCUCCAGCGGGAGGAGCGGGACGUCUUCGCCGCCCGCCGCGCCGACAUCACCUCCCGCCUUCGCCGCCUCCUCCUCAUGUCCCCGGCCCGCCGCCUCCCGCUCACCGUCGCGCAGGGCAUGCUCUGGCACCUCGGCAUCCCGGAGGACUACUUCAAGCGCCCGGAUUUCGACAUUGGGCAAGAUGGAUUCAGGAUUCUGACCACCGGAGAUGCUGUAUUUUCCGAGGACGAGAACCAUGGUAAGGAGCUGGGGCUCAUCGAUGAUGGGAAAGAUCAAGAAAUGCCACUGUCGGUGCUUCAAAUGGGUGCCAUACGGAGGUUUGGGUCGGCAGAGGAGGUGCCCUUCCCGCUGUUCCCGUCCAAGGGUCUUCGGCUGAAGCGGAAGAUUGGAGACUGGAUGGAGGGAUUCCAGAAGCUGCCUUACAUCUCUCCCUAUGCGGACUUCAGCAACAUUCAUCGGGGUAGCGAUGUUUCAGAGAAGCGGGCGGUUGGGGUGCUCCAUGAGCUGUUCAGUCUGUUUGUGACAUGCUCUGCCGAGAGGCGACGGUUACUCUGCCUCAGGACACACCUGGGGCUGUCACAGAAGGUUCACCUGGUGUUUGAGCGGCACCCGCACAUAUUCUACUUACUGUUGAAGGAGAAAACGUGCUUUGCUGUCCUCAAAGAGGCAUACAUGGCUGGGGGACACACAUCAAUUGAGGAGCACCCCAUGCUGGAGGUGCGGAGCAAGUAUGCCAGGUUGAUGCAGGAGUCACAGGAGAUCAUAAGGCGCCGGCGAAGCGGGAAGCCUGUACAGUUGGAUCCUGAGGAUCAAGAGAGUGAGGAUUCGAAGGAUUUUUGCAACAAGAGUGAGGGGGCUUUACCCUUGGAAGCAGCAAAUUUGCAUGCAAAUAAAGGAGUUGUGCGCCUAUGCAAAGAGGCCUGUUUUGUGAAAGCCGUGGAAAAAUGCGACGACCGCUGCUCUCUUGAAAGUUGAGCUGCAAGUGAUUUGCAGGCAUUUAGCAGGUCUUCGGUUUCCGCAGCAAGCAAAUGCCUGUUGGAUGAAUUGUCUGAAGCUAAAGAAACCCUGUUCACUGCUAAUCUGUUAUGCACCAAGCCGAGGGAGUUGGUAAUAUAAGAGUCUAUGUGCCAGAAGUCUUAAUCUCUUUACAUGUUCGUGGUGAGCUAGUAAGAGAGAGAGAGAGAAAUCCUGUUCACUUAAUUGGUAGGCUAUUUUUUCUAAUCUUUCAAGUUGAGAAAGGCAUGCAUGGCAUGUCACCUUCUGGUAAGAAGGGUGGCUUCUUCAACAGCGACCGUGUUUUCCGGAGAGGAGGGAGCCUCGCGUCGCCUCCUCGGGGCUAGAGGAGGGAACAAAGAGCAAGCGGGAGGGCCCAGCUCUCGCGACGACGAUCACGUGGGAUUUCAUUUUAUUUUUCCGUGUUGUCAUGUGGAAGAUAGCAAGUUAGUAACCAUUAAUUUGUACUUCUAUGCUGAUAUCACUCUGUUCAGUUAAGGUGAACAGGUCCACCCUACAAACAGCCAUCAUAAAUCUUAAUCAUGUCCCCACGAAGGCGAACUGGGAUGUUGCUGUUACUCAAGUUCUUCAGAUGAUCAAAGGGAGGCAAACCGAACAACUUCAUCAGCUUAGAGAAGCAAUGGAGCAUCACAAUUGUUUCUUUAGUUUUACCUUUUGUUGCUGGUAUGGUUGUCUCAGUUUAGUUGAGAAGAGAGAAUUCAGAGAAUGCAAAAAAAAGAGAGUGAAAAAUGCACAGUAUUUCUGAGUUUGCAUCCUGUUGCAUAUGCACAGAUAUAUGUAAUCUGAAUGCAAGCUUCUCUUGCUGCCAUGAAUGGAAGAUUUUGUUAACGGAAAAGUACUCUGUUAUUGUAUUCAUCAUGGUUGCAGAUUGGCAGCAUUUUAUUUACCUCUGAAUUCUUACAAAUUUCUGAAACUCAGAAAACAUUGAUUAUGCGAGACAAU